GGCGUCACUAUUGACGUUUCGCAUUCCAGCCGCUCUAUGGAGAGGCCGCUAGGGCUCCUCUCACAUAAAUGACGUUCAGAGAGAGGGAGCGGGAGAGCAGCGCAGAGAGGCGCCUCCGUCCCCUCUCUUCGCGCAGGCACACGCGCACCCCGGGGCACUUGCACUCGCACCGGGAACGCGGGCACAGGUCCCGGCCCAGCUCCCGCCGCACACACACAAAGGCAAGUCGCGGCGGCGGCAGCGGCUCGGCAUCCCUCGCCCGCCCGCCCGCUCCUUCCCUCCCGCCGCCCGGGGACGGGCUCCUGGCUUCUCAGGCUUUUGCAAUCCUUUUCCAUGCCUCGGGAUAACGCACCCUCCGGACCUGCAGCCGCCGGGAGUCUCCGGGGUUUUGUGUCUCGGGUCCUGCCGCUGGACAGCGCCUACAUGCGCCUUUAAGGAAGCGGGCACCUACAAACUAGAUGUAAAGACGGAACCUCCACAGCAACCGAGUACGUAUACGAAUGAGCGGGAGCGGCUGAGGGAGAGGGACAACGCGACGUGUCCCCACUCUGGGAAAGUUGUGCCGCCGGGGUAGAUGCUCGGGAGAUGCCGGCGGCGGGCAGCACGGCUCAGCCUGCGCGCUGCCGUGCCGGGCUCUCGCUGAAACUUUUCCCUCUCCUUUCCCCCUUCGUGGAUGCUCGUUUGCCACUCGGCUCCAGAGCCUCCCUGCCGGCUCAGCAACCCCCGCCGUGCCCGGGGCACCGCCGCCCCUCGCAAACGGGAGGGCUGUGGCUGAGAGGAGCGGCAGCCGGAGCCGGUGGUACUAAGGUAUUUCUGCUAGUUGUUGUCAUGGAAAUGAUGCUGCCGGCGGCGGCGGCGGGGAGUUUACAGCGCCGGUGAUGAAUGGCAGUAAUUUGUCUCCUUCCUUUAACUGCGCUUGGGAAAUAGGUGGUUUUGUUUGCACAAGUUCGAGCUGUCUAAUAGGGACGGAGGGGCAGGUUGAUCUAAUCUCACUUUGGGAGAGAAUAGCCCUCUCGGCAGCCCGAAAGAGCUCGGCCCAAGAGGUAAUUGCCGGAAUGUGACAUAUUGUAUGGAAAUGAGACGGGAUCUUUGCUCGGCACGUCUGCCCGGCAUCUGCUCCUCGGAAAUGUGCACUUUUCCCCUCGGAGGUCAGAAACCGUAAUGAGGUGCUGCGGUGCCCCGGCACGGGUGGUGCGGUGCGGGCAGGCUGGGCUGGGCUGGGCUGCGCCGCCGCUGCCCCGCUCCCUGCCCCUGCGGUGCCUCUUCGCUUUUGCCUUCUUACCUUAAUAGCUGCGAAAGAAGUUUCGGUCUUGGAAACAGGCGAGAAAACGCGGACGCUGGCUUGUGAUAUUGUGUCGGGGGGCGGAUAUCGGGACGGCAUUAUCGCGAUACACUGUCCCGGGGGGGAGAUGCGGCUCACCUUCGCGCGGCUAGUUAAUAGCGCUGUUAUUUAACUUGCAAUUUUUUGAGACAGUGGAUUCCAUGCGAGAACAUUUAACAGGGAAAACGCUGUUUUAGGUAGGGGGAUCGGUGUGUUGGGAUAGUAUUUUUUUCUUCAGGGAAAAAAAAAAAAAGAAAGUUUGGGAAUGAAUCGCUAACUUUUAUCCAAGCCGCUACACUCGAUUACAUUCUUCGCCCUAUUUUUCUGUCCUCCGUGGAGACCGUUGUAUGCUGGAGUCAAGCCCCGGUAAAAAACAAUGGACUAAACCAGACCAGACGGUUUCUUCGGAGGUGAAUCUCACACGAGUUCGUGGAUAUUUGCUGGAGUGACCGUGCGGCUCGGGGCGAUCCCCCUUCUCCAACAAAAAAAAAAAAAUCACGACCUAACCGGCGGUGGAAAUAGAGCUCAAAACUUUUUCAUUCAAUGGAGCUUCCCCCUCCGCGGUCCCUCUCGGGUAAAUGAAGGUUUCGAAACUCGCCUGAAGAAGUCACAAUCACAAUGGAGUAUUUCACGGUUUCCUCCUCGUAUUACAGGGUGGGGAGGGGUGUCACUCGGGGCUGAAUGUAAAGUGCACGGAGGAAGAAAAGAGCUUUGACAAGGGUAGUUAUUUCCUUCUAAUUUACAGCCCUUAAGGCUCUGCGCUCCUGGCUCGGGCGGCUGCAGUCCGGAGGGGUGUUGCAUGGUUAAAAGCGCAGCGAGUGUCUCUAGGUAACCGGCGGCUCGCGGGGUGGGGGGAAAGGAGCCCCAGGGCGCUCCGCGCCGAGCGGGAAGCCGCUUCGCAAGAGCUUGGCCCGACAGCGGGGAGGGAACAAAACCCUGGGGAAAGAAAGGGAUGAGCUACCAGUCACUUAACAUCCCGAGAGCUGAGGGGAGACACCAAGGACUAGGAGCGCCUGGAAAAAAACAAUAACAAGGAGCGGGUGAAAGAGCCGCCGGGGAGCGGCUCCCGUGGGCAGGGGACGGCGCUGCCGCGCAUCCCCCGCGCUGCCGCGGAGCCCCCGGCCGUGCUGGCAGCGCCGGGCUGCCCCAGGACAAGGGGACGCGGCGAGGCCGCGGUCCCUUCCCUGCGCGCACGCUGGUGGCCCCGAGGCGUCCCGCGGGGCAGAGCCGAGCGAGGAGCGGGAACUGGAGAUGCCGCAGGGUAGCCAGGCUGGAAGGAUACCACUCAAGUCUGGCCAGUACCUUGCACAGAAACUUCCAGCCUGCUGCUGCCCGCCUUCCCCUCAAAAAAAGAAAGUUCCCGCGGGGAAGUGAACGCACGGGGAUGCUGCCCCGCUUGUUGUAGUCUGAGAAUCUGCUAUUGCCUUCCCCAGUUUCCUUGCUUGGAGAACGGCUGGCUCCGUUGUCCCAGCCCGGUGCUUUCUUGCCUUUUGUGUGAUGGGGGAGCGGUAGCUGGUAGAAACGCGCUCCCAGUCCGGCUCCCCCUCCCCACCCGUGGGGCGAGGCGGUGGCUUGCCUUGCGAGUGUGGGGGAGACGAGACGGUCGGCCUGGGGAGGGGGGAGGCGUGGGGUACACCCCCUGCCCCACCGGGCCCAGCCGCCCCCUGACUCUGCCUUCUCCCCCGCCGGCGGCGGACAGAGCCCGGGUCGGAAGAGCGCCCCCCGCCGAGGCCAGGCUCCAGACCCGCCUCCGCAGAGAGGUCCCAGCCGGCACCCAGCCCCCCGCCGCCGCCGCCCGCCGCCGCCUCCGUCCGCACCUCCAGCCCCACCAUUCAGCGCGCAAGAUACCCGCCAGAUAUGCCCUGUGUGCAAGCGCAGUAUAGCCCUUCGCCGCCCGGUUCAAAUUAUGCAGCUCAGACCUACGCGUAUGGCUCGGAGUACAGCUCAGAGAUCAUGAACCCUGACUACUCCAAGCUGACCAUGGACCUGAGCAGUACCGAAAUCACUGCCACUGCCACCACCUCCCUUCCCAGCUUCAGCACCUUUAUGGAGGGUUACUCUAGCAGCUAUGAUCUCAAGCCUUCCUGCCUCUACCAAAUGCAAUCUGCCUCCUCCAGCCAGAGGCCCCUCAUAAAGAUGGAAGACACACGGCUCUCCCCGUACCAGCCCUCACUGCCACCCUCCACAGACGAGGGGAUGCCCAGCACCUCCAUGUACUUCAAGCAAUCUCCACCCUCCACGCCCACCACACCUGGCUUCCCCUCUCACCAGAGCCUGUGGGACGAGCCCCCGUUGCAGCCCACACAGAGCUGCCUGCCGCCCGGCCACCUGAUGGACACUGCCCCCAUGAAGACCGUGCCUCCCCGCUUCCCCCUCUUCCACUUCAAGCCCUCGCCCCCCCACACGCCGCCCGCGGCUGCCCACAUGUGCUACGACCCUGCCUCCCUGAGCCUGCCCCUGGGCUCCGACAGGCCGGCCACCAGCCAGCCGCACAUGGAGAGCCAUCCCUAUGGGCUGCACCUGGCCAAAAGACCAGCCACCUUAGCCUUCUCACCGCUCGGCCUCAACGCAGCCGCCUCCAGCCUGAUGGGGGAGAGCAGCGGCGGCAGCAGCAGUGGCCUCCCGUCCCCACCCAGCCGGAGCUCCUCGUCUGGGGAAGGCACCUGCGCCGUCUGCGGGGACAAUGCCGCCUGCCAGCACUACGGGGUACGGACGUGCGAGGGCUGCAAGGGCUUUUUCAAGAGAACAGUUCAGAAAAAUGCAAAAUAUGUUUGUCUGGCAAAUAAAAACUGUCCAGUGGACAAGAGACGUCGUAACAGAUGCCAAUACUGCCGGUUCCAGAAGUGUCUCAGUGUCGGCAUGGUUAAAGAAGUUGUCCGUACUGACAGCCUGAAAGGGAGAAGAGGUCGUCUGCCUUCCAAACCAAAGAGCCCCUUACAGCAAGAACCCUCUCAGCCCUCCCCGCCUUCUCCUCCCAUCAACAUGAUGAACGCCCUUGUACGAGCUUUAACCGACUCCACGCCCAGGGAGCUUGACUAUUCAAGAUACUGUUCCACCGAUCAGGCUGCUGCAGGCACAGAUGCAGAACAUGUACAACAGUUCUAUAAUCUUCUGACUGCCUCCAUUGACAUAACCAGAGGCUGGGCAGAAAAAAUCCCAGGAUUUAUUGACCUCCCAAAAGAAGAUCAGACAUUACUCAUAGAGUCAGCUUUUUUGGAGCUGUUUGUACUAAGACUCUCCAUCAGGUCUGAUACUGCUGAGGAUAAGUUUGUAUUCUGCAAUGGACUUGUGCUUCAUAGACUUCAGUGCCUUCGAGGAUUUGGGGAGUGGCUCGACUCUAUUAAAGACUUUUCCUUAAACUUAAAGAGCCUUAACCUUGAUAUCUCAGCCUUAGCAAGUUUAUCAGCUCUAACUAUGAUUACAGAACGACAUGGAUUAAAAGAACCAAAGAAAGUGGAAGAGCUAUGCAACAAGAUCACAAGCAGUUUGAAAGAUCACUUAACUUUCAGUUGCCAAAACAAAGGACAACCGCUUGAGUCUGCAGAGCCGAAGGUACUGGGUGUUCUGGCUGACUUGCGUUCUCUCUGCACACUGGGACUGCAGCGCAUCUUUUACCUGAAACUGGAAGACUUGGUGCCAGCCCCUUCCAUUAUCGACAGGCUGUUUCUGGACACCUUACCCUUCUGAGUCAAAGCACCCUCGUGAGAGGCAAAUGCCCACCAGAGCAGGCAAAUGGAUCGUGACUUACAGCUAACAUUUCUGCCCUCACUUGACAGAAAAGUAGCUCCGAGUCUAAAAUGAGGUCUUUUCUGGCGCUUUGUCCUUACAACCUGAAGCCUGAAACUUACUGGCUUACCGGUUUGGGGUUGUGUUCUUUGUUUUCUUUCGUGUGAUUUGGGAUUUUUAAACGGCUAAUGUGGCACUUUUGGACAGUGCUAUCCCAGCAGCAGUAAAUGGUUAACACGACUGUUUUAAAUCUGUUGUUUAACACCUCAUGCUACAUGAGGAAUAAAAUUGUAGAAGCUGUGCUUGAAAACAAGAACAGCGAAUAGUUGUCUGCCAGGGUAGUAUGUGUUUUGUGAGGAUACCUUUAGCAUACUUCCUGCAUCAAGGGCACAUACAUCAGCACAAUCUAAACAAAAAUUCACUUUUUUAGCAAAGUACAUUCAAUUGAACAUUUCAUACCAAUCAAAUAUAGCAAAAUGACAAUGGCUGUUAGCUCCCACGUUCAAGUGCAAUUUUUUAAAGUGCUGUCUUACUAAGUCUCGUUUAUUAACUAAUUUAUUUUACUAGGAAAACAAACGGAAGAAAUCAAGUGAGAAAAUUACGUGCACUAACUUACCCGACAGAGUUUUCCAAACUUGAUUCCAUGUAGCGUGACUUAUUGACAAAUGUAUGUGGAAGACACGGGAGCAACUGUGGCUCAGUUGUUCCUCAGCUAAGGAAACCCAAGGAAGUAGUGAGUGGAGCAUACAGGGUCAGCAUCAGGGAUAGUUCAGCUUUAGACUUUUAACAUAAGCGACUAGUUAGUAAACAGGCGGAAGGCGGUUUUCAAGAACAAGCAAGUCUUGUAAAAUAGUAUGAAUGUAAGUGCUAGGAAGGAUAUAGUGGGCUGCGUUUAAACAUUCCGUGUUCGUACUCCUUUUUGUAUGUUUAUACUGUUGAUGCCAUAUUAAUAUGAAAUAAUUUGUUGCAUAGUGUCUUUAUUUGUAUAAAUGUUUGUAUGCAUGGUAUAUUGUAAUGGCUUUGCCUGUAUUUAUUGCAAUGACUGCCAGCUCAUGGGAGCCCUGUUACACAUGAUAACUAAAUGGGGUGUUCACACUGACUCAGACACACCAGUUGGAAAACUAUAUACAUAUAUAUAAUGUGUAUAUAUAUAUGUAUAUACCUUUAUUUGUGUGCGUGUGUGUGCGCGUGUCUUUUUAUUAACCAUUUGUAUAUAAAAUAUCUGUCAAAUCACAAGCAGAGUUAUUUUACAGUUUAUUUGCAGUGACUUCUAAGGCAGUACUGUUUAGCACUUUGAUAUUAAAAUCUUGCUCAUGUUUUGCUAAAUUCAAAUGAUAUUUAAGAAGUUUAGUUCUAAAAAACUUUAUAUGCACUGUAUUAAGUCAAAAUUUUGUUGGUCAUUUUGCUAAGGAAAUUUUUGAAUGUCAACCUGAUGUCACUGUAUCUUUUGUUAGCUUUAAACAUUCUAGCUUUUGUCUUUUUUUAAACUAUGCUGUUUAUAUGGAAAUUAAAUUAUACAAUCAAACAGAUGCCAAAUGAAUUGCCUAAUUGCUGCAAAGGAUAACCCAGAUAUUGAGUCACUGUAUGGUUUUCAAAUAGUAAUCUGGUAUUUUAUCACUUACUAUGUUUGGAUGUGCUUUUAUGAAAAAAUUAUUCUUAUAUCAAGAUUUAUAGUAGUGUCAAUAGGGAAACAGACUUCUAAUCACUAUAGUUAAUAUUUCCGGUUUACCUGCAGAUAAUAUUUGGAAAAGUAUUGCUUUUUGUAUUGACUUUUAAGCUUAUGUGCAAACAUAAUAGCAUAAUUAAAUAUCAGAGAAGCUAAUGUUUCUUGUAGGUUGCUGUAACAGGCCUUACCAGCAAGACAAAUAUAUUUUGACUGAAUUUGCUUUUGUAUAUACUAAAUAUAUAUAUAUAUACACGUAUAUAUAUAUACACUCACACACAUGUGCGCAUACAAAAACAUACAGACAGAAAAUCCAAAAGUAUGUUUACUUUUGUCUCCUUGUGUAAGACACAAGGUCCCUUGAGAAAUGACUUUUAUCUAGGGACAAAUCCUGCCAGGUGCUGAGCACCCACCAGAUGAGGGCCUGCAGGUGCGUCCUGCGAGUGGGCCCUUACAAAGACUUUUCAGGCGAAUCAGCAUAGUACAGUAAAAUUGCUUUUUUGUUGAGCAAGGUUUAUUUAUUAAGUGGGAUGCAAGUGGGAGGUAGCAGGUCCAGAGCCCCGUGUGAGAUUUCAUGUAGCCCGUGUCCUCCAGUCUUCCAUAGAUAGUCUUAACUGUGAUACUCUCCCAAAUCCCGUCAUCUGUGGAAUUGUCCUUCACGUCAACUUCAUGACACGGAUUCAUCCCAGAGUACAACCAGUGACAAAUCACAAUGGUAAAAGAAAGAGUUAACGCAGAAUAAAUCUAGUACUUCUCUUAGAGCUCUCUCAGUGUGAACAUGCCUUUGUCUAGGCAGAAUUCAGGAAUAUAUCAGGUGUUAAGGGAGAGUGCCUUGUUUUUAUUUCAGACAACAGUGUUUCAAGAGUUUCUUCACUCCGCUAACCGCAGUACUUUUUUUCUUUUUCUGUUUUUUUUUUUUUUUUGGUGGUGUUAACCUGUGGGUUGAAAGAAAUGCUCUUGUACAUAUACAAUGUAAAUUAAAAUUAUUAAAUUGAAUAACAUUUUUUUCAGAG